GGCAGCACGAGCGCUGGUUUAUUAGCGCAGGACAAACAGCAGCUGGGACCAUCAGUCCACACACACACUCAAGUGUCCCGCUAACGUGCAGCACAGAGGACAACAUGUGAUGUAGAUCUUCACCGAUGGACGUUUACGACUCAAACUGAGAGGAAAGACACGUUUUGGACUUUUGUCCUGCAGAGACACAAACAGCCCGCCUCGGACGGACAGUCUGCAAACUCCUGGAGCAGAGCUACUAAUAAGAACUUGUGGAGGGCAGUUGGUUUUGUGUUUUCGUUGUGGGGAAGUUGGAGAGAUGUCUGAGCCAGAGAAGAGCGAGGACAUUCCUGAUGAGUCUGCAGGAAAAGGAAAAGGAAUUCCAAACGGAGGGAAUCCUGCAAAAAGCAAAGAGGAUUUCGACCUGGCGGCCAUCUACGUGUCGGACGCUCAGUACAACAGGAACAUCUACUUCGACACGUCGCCUCAGGCUGUGAGGCUGUAUCUGCGCUACAACCACUGGAUCCCUCAGGUGCUCCUCUACUUCUUCAUCCUGGUCGAUCUGUCUCUGGCCAUCUUCGAGGAGCCGGCCGUCUUCCCUCUUCCUGUAUGGGCCACCAUGCUGGUGGAGCUGCUCUGUCUGCUCGUCUUCACCAUUCGACUCGUUCACUACGCCAAAGUGAUCCCUCGAGACAAGUUCUGGAAAGAUCCCAAAAACAUCUGCAUCAUCGUCAUCCUCGUGCUCACUCUGGUCGAUAUGAUCAUCUAUGGAGCGCUGAAGGCCACAAACUGUUUCGCUGUCCGCUGGUCCAGAGUCCUGCGCCCGCUGCUGCUGGUCAACAUCACAGAGGGACGGCAGCUCCGCAGAGCGUUCAGGAGCAUCCGGAACGCUCUGCCUCAGAUCUUCUACGUCUUCCUGCUCUUCAUGUUCAGCGUCCUCAUCUUCUCCCUCAUGGCGCUCAAACUGCUGGGCAAACGAGGUCUGAAGACUAUCGACGGACAGCCGUACUUCACCAACUACCUGGAGAUUGUCUUCGACCUGUAAGUCCUCGUCACCACGGCCAACAGCCCUGACGUCAUGAUGCCAGCGUACAACACCAGCUUCGUCUUCGCCAUCUUCUUCAUCCUGUAUAUCCUCAUCAACACCUACAUCUUCAUGUCCGUCUUCUUGGCCGUCGUCUACAACAACUACAAGAAAUACCUGAAGGAGGAGGUACGGCAGCUGGUGAGGGCCAAAAGGCACAAGAUGGUGCGAGCGUUCGCUGUGCUGCAGGAGCAGCGAGAGGAGGGCGGGGAGCCCGUGGUGAGCCAGGCUAACUGGAACCAAGUGGUCCGACUGGUCCAGCCCGACAUCAGCAACGCCCACAGAGAGCUGCUGUGGAGCGUCUCUGACGACAACAACCAGGGCUGCAUCGGUAAGGUGGCGUUCGUCCAGCUGGCCGACCUCCUGAACAUCGAGGUAAUCACACUCAAGUCCAGACCACACCCAUUCAACAGUGUGUGCCCCGCCCUCUACCAGUCGGCCCCCAGCCGCCUGCUCUGCCGAUUGGUCCAACACCGGGCCUUUGUGAUCGUGUACGACCUCAUCAUUCUGGUGAACGCCGUGUUCAUCGGCCUGGACGAGGAGAAUCCGAUGAUCGCGAACUCUGAGUGGGUCUUCCUGGCUCUCUACCUGCUGGAGAUCCUGCUGAAGCUCUACGUCUUCGAGCCCAGAGCGUUCUUCUCCAGACACAAUUUCUGGAACUGGUUUGACACCAUCAUCGUCGUCUCCGCUCUGAUCGCCACCAUCAUCAACUCGGCCAUGUCGUCAUCGGGGAAUUACACCAGCCGUCAGAUCCUGGACAUCGUCUUCAUCCUGCGAGUCCUCCGACUGAUCCGGGUGGUGGACAGCAUCAAAAGGUUUCGUGCAAUCAUCAACACCCUCAUCAGGAUCGGACCGGCCAUCCUCACAUUUGGACAGCUGAUCAUUGUGGUGUACUACAUCUUUGCCAUGGUGGGGAUGGAGGUGUUCAAAGACAAGGUGAAGUUUUAUGAGGACUCCAGCGACCCGGCGAAGGCGUACUGUGGAAACAUUAAGCUGAAAGAUUCGGCCUUCGCACAACUCAACUACUGCAAGAACAACUUCAACAACGUGGUGUCGUCCUUCAUCCUGCUGGUGGAGCUCACCGUCGUCAACCAGUGGCACGUGCUCAGCACCGGCUUCGCCACCGUCACCCACAUGUCAGCCAGGAUCUUCUUCGUCCUCUUCCACAUCAUUGUGGUCAUCAUCAUCAUCAACAUCUUUGUGGCGUUCGUCCUGGAGGCGUUCUUCGUGGAGUACUCGGUGGAGAAGAGAGACCUACAGACGUCUCUGGAGAGGAAGAUCGAGGAGCUGGAGUUGGCUGUGGCUCAGGAGAAGUUGGAGGAUAACUUGGUGAACGCCAUGGAAACCAUCGACAACGACCAGGGAACCGGCCAAUCAGCGAACAACAGACCCAACCUGAUGUUUAAAAUUGCUUCAAAAAGAUAUCGGACGGUGGACGCUCUGCUGCAGCGGAUGUUCGAGGCCGAUCUCGACCCCGAGGACUUUGCUGAGAACGACAACGAGACCAACGGGAACUUUGAGAACCCGGCGUUUGGAUCUGUGUAGACAUUAAUGUACAAAACCAUAUGAAGGGAACCAGCUUCUAUCAUUCCUCUACAGUUUUAUACUCAUCUCACAUGUUUAAAUCUGAUGUUUAUCCAGUGUUAUAUUUUUAUAUUUCGGUCCUGUAGCUGUGUGUAGAAACACAUAAAGAAUAUUGACACCGUU